AUGACCUACACCUACAACGUCUUCCGCGGCUCCCCAACCGGCAAAAUCACCCCCGACACCAUCACCAUCACCAACGAACACUACCGAACCCACCCCCAAGUCCUCGGCCACGAAGGCAUCGGUAUAAUCCGCGCCCUGGGACCGGGUGUCCAGACCGUGAAGAUUGGCGACAGGGUAGGAUUCGGCUUCAUACACAGUAUCUGCACACGAUGCGAGAACUGCUCCAAAGACCAAGACCAAUUCUGCCCCCACAAAAAACAAUACGGCCUCAACGACACCAACAACGGAAGUUCCAGCACCCACACAAUCUGGGACUCGAACUGCGUAUUCCCCAUCCCCGAAAACAUCUCCUCCAUACACGCCGCCCCAUUAAUGUGCGCCGGCGCUACGGUCUGGACCGUCCUCACGCGCUUCAACAUGCAACCCGGAGAUCGGGUCGGAAUCAUGGGGGUGGGUGGACUCGGCCAUCUCGCUAUCAAGCUCGCCUCUGCGAUGGGAUAUCGGGUGGUUGUGCUUUCGGGGUCGGAGGCGAAGAGACACGAGGCGAUGGAGUAUGGGGCGGGGGAGUUUCAUGUUUUUCGGUCUGGGGAGAGGGAGGGGAUGGGGUUGGAGAGGCCGGUUAGGCAUUUGUUGCUUUGUGGGAGUGGUGAUGUGGAUUAUUCUGAGUUGCUGCCGCUUAUGGAUAGUCCGAGUGCGAUUUAUCCGUUGACGGCGACGGUUGAGCCAUCGAGGAUUCCAACGUUGGAGUUGUGUUUCAAGGGGUGUAGGAUUCAGGGAUCGUUGGUGGCGUCGCGGCAGAGUACUCGGGCGUUGUUGGAGUUUGCGGCCGACAAGAGGAUUGUUCCGACGGUGAUGACGUUUCCGUUGACGGAGGAGGGGAUUGAAGAGGCGAUGGGAAAGUUGAGGGAGGGAAAGGUGAGAUAUAGGGGGGUGCUGGUGAGGGAGAUGUAAUCUUAUACUAGGGGUUUUUGUCCUGUUCUCACCAUUGUUUGGAAUACUAGGCUUUCCGAUGUCUAAGCAUUCAUUCAGGAAGUCAGAACAUACCUCCAUUAUAGGGUAGAUGUCUGAUGGUAUCCGUACAUGCUGAUCUGUGUUGAAUCCUACCCUCUGCAGUGGGCAAAUUGUCUAUAAUUUCGAUAUAAAGACUAUUUAUCAAGUUGCCAUG